AUGGUUGACUUGAACCCGUUCCCAGCUGUUCCGUACACUCCUCGUCCACCCACACAGCCAGCUAUUGUACUGGACCAAAAGACGCCGGUUAAGAAUGGUGCGGGUGUUGCCGCUCAUGCUCAACGUACAUCAAAAAAUAGUCAGCUUCCUGCGUAG